AAUAAACUUUUCUUUAGAACCAACCGAGUUCCUUUCCAGUUUCCACCCACUCAUCUUGAGUUUUGCAAAAAUGUCGUGUGUCAAAGGCCUGGUUGAAUCAGGACAACUCACUUCGGUUCCUCCCCAGUACAUCUUCAGAACAAACCCUGAUCAAGAUCACCUCACUGUCACUGAACCAGAAGCAAUCCCAACCAUAGACCUUUCCCUCCUGACUACCGGUACACCAGAUCAACGCUCCAAAGUCAUCCAGGACCUUCACCAUGCAUGCCAGGAUUGGGGAUUCUUUACGGUAACAAAUCAUGGCAUACCAGCCACAUUGCAAGAGAAAAUGAUAAGCGCAAUCGAAGGUUUCUUUCAAUUGGCUGAGGAGGAGAAGCGGGAGUACUCAGGGAAGGAGCUGUUUGAUCCCAUAAGGUGGGGGACGAGUUUUAAUUUGGAGGCUGAUAAGGUACUUCUAUGGAGGGAUUAUUUGAAGAUCCAUGUUCAUCCCAAUUUCCAUGCUCCUGCUAACCCUUCUGGCUUCAGGGAGAUUUUGCAUGAAUACUGCAUAAGAACUCGACAAGUCGCAAGUGAGUUGCUCAAAGGGAUCUCAAAAAGCCUGGGGCUGGAAGAGAACUAUAUAAACAAGAAAAUGGAAGUAGGAUCUGUCUCCCAUCAGCUUUUUGUGGCUAACCUGUACCCGCCGUGUCCGCAGCCGGAACUGGCUAUGGGUCUGCCUCCGCACUCUGAUCACGGCCUCCUUACCCUCCUCAUGCAGAACGAACUUAAAGGCCUUCAAAUCAGGCACGACGGCAAGUGGGUUGCCGUCGAUCCCCUGCCCGACGCUUUUCUCGUUAACAUCGGAGAUCAUAUGGAGAUAUUGACCAACGGGAAGUAUAAAAGCGUAGUGCACAGGGCAGUAGUGAACGGCAAAGCAACGAGGAUAUCCGUAGGAACAGCACAUGGACCGCCGCUGGACAGCGUCGUGAGCCCUGCACCGGAGCUGGUGGCGCGUGAAGGUCAAUUACCAGCGUACCAUGGAAUCACAUAUAAGGAGUACCUGAUGAUUCAACAAAAGAAUCAACUCAAUGGAAAAUCAUGCUUGGAUCACCUCCGCCUUUAAUAGUAUAUUUAUGCAUCCCAUUAUUAAUUUUUUAGUUUAUUGUUAUGUCAACAUGAAUAAUUAAAAGUAAAUUAAGUUAAUAUAUUUUCUCUUAAAGGUGAUAUAUUGGUGCUAGUUGAAAUAAUUUAUUUCAUUAGAAUAAUGCUAUAGGCAAGGGUCUACUUCCAUGUUACAAGAUCAAAGGUGUGGCGGCCUUUCUGUUGAAUUUUCUCUUGAAUUGUAUUGGUUUGGUUUCUAUAUAUUAUUUGCAUUUGGGUGAUAAUUAAAGUGUUAUUUCAGU